GCAUCUCCUUACUCUCUUCCCCGAGCCCUUGGAGCCAGUCGAGAGAAGCGGCAUGGAGGGGAGGGCUGCUGAGCCUUGGGACCUGGAGUUCGGGGUUCCGGGGGCGGGCGGAUGUGGGCUGCACUUGAGGACCGCGCGCUCCAGCCCCGCCAAGCCGACUGCAGAUCUGCCAUCCGCCAGGAGCUCAGCCAUGUGGGCCCCCAGCCGACGGCAGCUCUGUCUGACCUUCCUGCUAGUCUGUGUUCUUUCAGCCGUCUUCUUCCUACACAUCCACCAAGACCUGUUUCACAGUGGCCUAGACCUGAUUGCCCUGUGUCCAGACCGCCGCCUCCUGACACCCCCCGUGGCCAUCUUCUGUCUGUCGGGCUCACCGAUGGCCCCCAACACCUCCUUUCCCUGUCUCAAGCCCCCUGCCUCCCUCUCCGGAAUCUGGACCAUCUACCCAGGCGGCCGCUUCGGUAACCAGAUGGGGCAGUAUGCCACACUGCUGGCCCUGGCCCAGCUCAACGGUCGCCAGGCGUUCAUCCUGCCCACCAUGCACGCCACCCUCGCCCCCGUGUUCCGCAUCACCCUGCCCGUGCUGGCCCCCGAGGUGGACGGCCACACGCCAUGGCGGGAGCUGCAGCUGCAUGACUGGAUGUCGGAGGACUAUGCCCACUUGGAGGAUGCCUUUCUGAAGCUCACGGGCUUCCCCUGCUCCUGGACCUUCUUCCACCAUCUCCGCGCCCAGAUCCGCCGCGAGUUCACCUUGCACGAACACCUGCGGCAGGAGGCCCAGGGUCUACUGAGCCAGCUCCGCUUGGGCCGCACGGGGGACCGCCCUCGCACCUUUGUGGGUGUCCAUGUGCGCCGGGGGGACUACCUGCAAGUCAUGCCCCAUCGCUGGAAGGGUGUGGUGGGUGAUCGCACUUACCUCCAGCAGGCUAUGGACUGGUUCCGGGCCCGGCACGAAGCCCCCAUCUUUGUGGUCGUCAGCAACGGCAUGGCCUGGUGUCGGGAGAACAUUGAUGCCUCCCGGGGGGAUGUAAUCUUUGCUGGCGACGGGCAGGAGGGCUCGCCAGGGAAGGACUUUGCACUGCUCACGCAGUGCAACCACACCAUCAUGACCAUUGGAACCUUUGGUUUCUGGGCUGCCUACCUGGCCGGUGGAGACACUGUCUACCUGGCCAACUUCACCCUGCCUAACUCCAACUUCCUUAAGAUCUUUAAGCCCGAGGCCGCCUUCCUGCCCGAGUGGGUGGGCAUUAAUGCAGACUUGUCUGCACUCCGGUCGCUGUCGGGGCCUUGA